AUGGCCGUCUUCAGCAGCCUUUACCAGCUCGUGGCCAAUCCCACAUACUCGCACUAUGGCCGUCAGCCGACGGCCACGGCACAAGGACGACGAAAGACUGUCCCUGCCAUCGAACCGCCGUCGUACGAAGGCAUCAUCGGUCACUGGUUCGACAAGGAAGGACGAGUCUGGAUACGCAUCAGGGAUGGAAAGGCAGACCCAGACCUCGACGAGGUUUAUGAUCUCUCUGAGGAGUACAUGAGAGUGUACUUGUGUUCUACUCUGGAGAAAUACUGGACAUCCUUCCCAGACUGUCAUCGCCCGAAAAACCUGCCACAACGGCGCCGGAGCCGCCGACUGGCCGGAUGGCUGAGAUGCUUCACCGAUGGUCCACCUGUUCCGAAGAAGGUCAAGACCCCGAAGCUGCCGGCGAACCAGGUCCAGCAGGAGAUGCAGCAGGGUCAAAACCAGAAAAAUAAGCGUGAGAGUAACUUCUUUCGCCGUAGACACCGGGUUCCGGGGGAGACUCCAAGGCAGUCUGAUGAACAGAAGAAGCAUCAAAACGAUGGCGAGCACCCGGCUCAAACGUCUGCGUCUCCUAAGCCAAAGGGCCAGGAGAUUGAGAACCAGGACAGCAGCGAAGGAAGGCCGCGAAUGCCACCUGCUGCAUGA